AUGACCUCUUACCCCGACCACUGGCUCGAGGCGCCUCCUCCUCCAUCUCGUUUCCGCCGUCCAUGGUCUCCAGAUCCCUACGACCCUUUACCCCACACCUCCCGCCAGCUACCCCGAGACCAGGAUCCGUACAGGUCCGUCGGUCAAUGGGUCUCGGAGCGCCGUCGUGAGCCCUCCGAUGUUUCUGUUGAAGCACUCGAUCUCGCCGACUACUCUCAAACGCUGCACCGCAACCAACACUACCUCUCUCAGCAACCCGCUUUCAAUGCAUACGAUGCCUACCCCCCUUCACCACGAGGCCACAGGCCACUUGCUCGCGUUGACUCCCUUUCGCCUCCAUCGCUCAUGUCCGGUUCGAGCGAGCAGUCGCACUCAGUCGGUCCUCAUUCGCCGCCUGCACGGCGCCCAUUCUCUCUCCCACCACCUUCUUCCUUUCCCAGCACCCCCCGCGGCGGCUACUCUUCGUCCAAUGGCUUUCAUGGACGUCAAGAUCCUAGAGUAGCAAGCCCGGACACGGAGUUUGACAUCGCUCAGUUCCCUUCCUUCGCACAAGGAUGGUACGGUCGCGAGCGUGGAAACCCUCUCGCCCCUCCGCAUUCUGCCCACGGCCAUGAAGGAGAGGGCACGCCGAAACGCAAUCCCUUCGAUCCCGCGCUAAUCAACGAGUACGAUCCCUUCGCCGACCCUUACAACUCCUACAGCUCUCCCCCGCCGUCCUAUCCGUAUGGUUCGUCCUACGGCCCCCAUUCUGGCUCCUCCCGUGACAACCAUAUCGUACCAUGGAACGCUGAUUCCGAAGAGCGUCCUGUGGAUCCUGGCACCAAGGAGGAACGAAUACGAAUGUUGGAGCGCGAGUUCGGGAAGGAUGCCGGCAAGACUGGAGAGCCCGAGACUCUUGUUGGGAGCGUUGACCUCCGUGGACGGUUGAUCACUGAAGGUCCGAGGAAGCGUUUGGCGACCCGCUGGAUCCAAGUCCUGCUCUCUCUUGCCACCGCCGUUGCAUCCCUCUACACUGGCUUUGUCAUCAAGCCUCCUACUCCCGCCCCCCCUGCAAGCAAACUCCCCGCAUACGUCCUUUAUGGUCUCUCUUUCAUUUCCUUCUUUGGCUGCACGUUUUUCUACCUCAUCUACCCAUGCUGCUGUGGCACGCGGAAACCCAGGAGCACACCCCUCACCGGCCCGCAAGGGAUGAUGGUGCUGCCCGUGCAGGGAUUGCCCGGCGGGAAGCCGAAGAAGAAAGGGAAGAAGGGGAAAGGACAGCCAGACGGCGGGGUGCAGGUCAACCUCAUCGUCGACCCUUCCAUGUUCGGCAACGGCCUUGGUCGAGAACGCGAGGAGGAUGACGACGACGACGACGGUACCACCGUCAUUCCUGGCUCGUACUCGGGUCCAUCGAGCAACGGUCAGAGGCGGAGACCGAAAAGGCGGAGCGUCUUCGAAGGGCUUGCUCUUGAAGAGCAGUGGAAGAGGGCGAGGAAGCUUCUGAAGUGGGUUGUGACUGUCGACACCCUCGCGUUGCUGCUUUGGGGGACAGAGUUUGUUCUGAUCCUGCUCGGGAAGCGCUGUCCGGUUGGUGGAUACCUUGGCUGGUGUGAUGCCUACAACAUCGCAACUGCUGCAGCGUGUCUGCUCGCGUUCGCGUUCGCCUUUAGCAUCUUCCUCGACGUCAAGGACCUUUCCGCGAGCCGUGCUUCUCCCCGCACUCGGACAUAA